GGCCAACAUUUAUUCACCAUUUCGUCCGCUGUUUACACACUCCGCUGCCGGUGACCAAUUGCAUUGUGCAAUCUCCCUCGCUCUCUCAUUGUGUGAUUACAUUUCACGACCAUUUGCUAAAUACUCAACUGUGUGGCGGUAAUUUUGACCAGCAAUUUUGCAUCAUGUCCAAUACAAUGCGUUGCAUUCUGAUUGUCUGCGUGGCACUGGCACUGAUCGCCGCCGGCUGCAACGUGGAGGCAUCCAACUCGAGGCCACCGCGCAAGAAUGACGUCAACACCAUGGCGGAUGCGUACAAGUUUCUGCAGGAUCUGGACACGUACUACGGGGACAGGGCACGCGUUCGCUUCGGCAAGCGAGGCGGUCCACUGAUGGAAAUGCUGCGAAAUCGCGAGCUGGAAAACAAUAUGCCCAAAAAUCUCAACAGCGGCGGGGACUUGGUAAGCAAAAUCCGCGCCCUGGAUGACGAGGAGAUAUUCUAAGCCCAAGAACCGCGACGACGAUUUAAACUCAUUUAUUUGUUGUUACUCCAAUUGUUUAUACUAUUAUUUGGUGCAUCUUUUUUGUCGGGGCAAUAGUUUAACGCAUGUUGAGAAAUUUAGUUGUAGUUGCAGCUGCACACCCAAUACUUACGGAUAGAUAUAUCUUCCAGCUCUAGUCUUGAUGUUAGUUGAAUAAAUGACACGUAUGAAAUAUUC